UUUAAUAUUUUCAUUUCUUACUCAAAAGCACACAUAAAAAGAGAAACCAUAGAACUUCUAAGUUCUAACUCAAUAGUUCAAGAAACCAAAACAGAACUAAGUGUUAGAGUAGUAGGUGCAAUUUCUCUUGCUCAGUUUUCUCAUCCCAUUAAUCUCUCUAAACACAAUAUUUCUUCAAGUAAGUAGGAUUUGGAAGUUAAAAGUUAAAACAAUAAUAAUUAUAAGUUGCAAAGUGGGAAGUGAUUAUUAUGGCAGCUAUUAAGCCAGAGGAGAUAAGUCAUUCUCCAAUGGAUCAACUUCAGGGCUUAGAGUAUUGUAUAGAUUCAAAUCCAUCUUGGGUGGAGACAAUAAUUCUUGGAUUUCAACAUUAUAUUUUGGCAUUAGGAACUGCAGUUAUGAUUCCUUCAUUUCUUGUGCCUUCAAUGGGUGGAAGUGAUGAUGAUAAAGUAAGGGUGGUACAAACUCUACUUUUUGUUGAAGGAAUUAAUACACUUGUCCAGACACUGUUUGGAACCCGGUUACCAACAGUGAUAGGAGGAUCAUAUGCAUUUAUGGUCCCCAUUGUAUCCAUUAUUCGUGACCCUUCUUUAGCAAUGAUAGAGGACCCACAUUUGAGAUUUCUUAGCACAAUGAGAGCAGUUCAAGGUGCACUAAUUGUAGCAUCAAGCAUACAAAUUAUUUUAGGAUUUAGCCAAAUAUGGGCUAUUUGUUCUAGAUUCUUCAGCCCACUUGGAAUGGUUCCAGUAAUUACAUUAGUUGGUUUUGGAUUAUUUGACAGAGGUUUCCCUCUGGUGGGGACUUGUGUUGAAAUUGGAAUUCCCAUGCUAAUCUUGUUUGUAGUUUUCUCUCAGUACUUGAAAAAUUUUCAGACAAGACAAGUACCGAUACUAGAGCGAUUUGCGCUACUCAUAACAACUACAGUGAUUUGGGCAUAUGCACAUCUAUUGACAGCAAGUGGAGCAUACAAACACCGGCCGGAUGUGACUCAACAUAGUUGUAGGACAGACAGGGCUAAUCUAAUUUCUUCUGCUCCUUGGAUAAAGAUUCCAUACCCUCUUGAGUGGGGUGCUCCUACAUUUGAUGCUGGCCAUUCGUUUGGAAUGAUGGCUGCUGUUUUAGUCUCAUUAAUCGAGUCAACUGGAGCAUUCAAAGCUGCAUCACGUCUAGCGAGUGCAACGCCACCACCUGCUCAUGUCCUGAGCCGCGGCAUUGGUUGGCAGGGAAUUGGAAUCUUGCUGAAUGGCCUUUUCGGAACACUGACUGGUUCGACAGUUUCUGUCGAGAAUGUAGGGCUUCUAGGAAGUAACCGUAUCGGAAGCCGAAGAGUCAUUCAAGUUUCUGCUGGCUUUAUGAUAUUCUUCUCAAUGCUAGGUAAAUUUGGAGCUUUAUUUGCAUCAAUACCAUUCCCUAUAUUUGCUGCUAUAUACUGUGUUUUGUUUGGUCUUGUGGCAUCUGUAGGGCUAUCAUUUUUGCAAUUCACCAACAUGAAUUCAAUGAGGAACCUAUUUAUUGUUGGUGUUUCUCUUUUCUUGGGGUUGUCUAUUCCUGAAUAUUUCAGAGAAUACACUAUCAGGACACUUCAUGGUCCUGCUCAUACCAAAGCUGGAUGGUUCAAUGACUUCCUGAAUACCAUCUUCUAUUCUUCACCAACGGUUGCAUUGAUAAUUGCUGUAUUCUUGGACAACACUCUUGACUAUAAGGACAGUGCCAAAGAUAGAGGAAUGCCAUGGUGGGCUAAGUUUAGAACAUUUAAAGCAGAUAGCAGGAAUGAAGAGUUCUACUCCCUACCGUUCAAUCUCAACCGCUUCUUCCCUCCAUCAUAAGAAAAUUCCAUAAUAGAGAUAUAGAUUUUAGAGGGAAAGAAAGCAUGUAUUAUAUGAUGAUGAUUGGUUUGAGAGUGAAUUUGGUUAUUUUCAUGUAAUAACAGAACAAAAGGUCAUUUUGUUCUUGUAGUUUAAAACAUAUUUAUUAUUUUUUCAUUCGUUUGAUCACUUUUAGUGGUUAGAUUUAGUUUUCCAAA